AUGGCCAAGAUGAUUACACAGAGAAUGAAGCCUUUAAUGGAAGGUAUAAUAUCUGGCUCACAAAGCGCCUUUAUUCCUGACAGACUGAUUACUGAUAAUAUUCUAGUAGCUGCAGAAGUAGGGCAUUAUUUGAAUAGAAAACAGUGUGAGGCUGUAGAUGAUAUCCUACUGUUUUUCAGAGCAAAUGUGCAGGAAGCAUCUGAGAUAAAAAAUUGUUUAAUGUUAUAUGAGAGUUUAUCUGGUCAGAAAGUAAACUAUCAUAAGUCCAGUAUAUGCUACAGCAGGAAUACGGGGCAAUAUGAUAAGGACAUGGUGGCACAAAUCCUAGGUGUUACUCAAGCUCCCAACUUUGGGAAAUACUUAGGACUACCCUCCUUUGUGGGAAGGAAUAAGAAGGCUGCAUUUGCAUAUAUUGAAGAUAAAAUCAAGCAAAGGAUUGGUUCUUGGAAUAAGAGAUUGUUAUCACAGGCUGGUAAAGAAAUUUUGUUGAAAAGUGUGGCUCAGGCAAUGCCAACAUUUUCAAUGAGUGUUUUCAUGUUACCUAUAUCUAUCUGUACGGCUAUUGAGCGAGUUAUGAACCGGUACUGGUGGGGGUCAAGUACUGAUCGGGGCAUUCACUAG